AUGUCGCUCACAGCAGAUUCCAUCGAGACGAUACUACAAUUCCUGGAACCACACCUCGAGACGCUCCAGACAGGGUUCCCAACCUCCACUAGACCAAACGAGCCUGCUCUCACCAAGAGCCAGAAACGACAAAAAAUUGGGGAGACUCUUGCAAGGGAUCCGGGGAUCUUCCUGACAAAGUGGGGAUCCGUCGUCCUAUAUCCUCGACCAAAGUCUUCGGAUCCAGUGCCAAAGGAGAGCCAUGUCAAUGGAGAUGGGUCAAUAGUAGCAGCAUCGCAUAAUCUGACCGCAAAGGACAUCUUGGAUUUAUUCGCUCCGCUUGCUGAUGACUACGAGGUCAAGUUCCAGCUCACAAAACUGUACCAGCAACUACAGCAACUCUCAGAACAUGCCAGCUUCGUGGCUUCCAGACACCACCCCGACAGGUCCUCCGCCGCCGAUAGUAUGGAUGUAGAUCGACAGGACACAAUCCAACCUGAGGAUCGGAAACCUUCUCCAGGACAGAACGAUCUCUUCACGCGUUCCGUCCUUUCUGAGAACACUCGUAGGAACAGACGCCUGAACUAUUUGCUCCGCCAUCUGGCUCCACCGGACCCUAGCGACGUGUCUUUGGGGCUCAAGGGAAAGGGGCCAGCUGGGCAUGCGACGAGUCACAGCAGCGCGGGUGAUAGUCGGAACCGUGCCAGCAGUAGCGGUCAAGGGUUACAGAAUUCUCAACACCACCCACCACUGGCGAGCAUUCUGUCGAUCUCAGGAUCGAUGUCAAACCUCAGUUUCGAAGAAUCGACCUAUUUUUCAGAUGCAGAGAUGGAAUCCCGGGCGCCCGAGUUAUAUUACCAGUAUAUCGGGAGGUUUAUGGACAACGACGAUGACGAUGACGGCGAUGCCUAUGAUGAUGGUGAUGAUGACAUGAAUGAAGUCGGUGACUCCAGCGUCACUGUUGAGAGUGAUGAUAGCGAUCAGUCCGGUGCAGAUGGGGGAACAGGAGCCGAGGACGCGGACGAUGAGCGUGAGGUAGACAAGCGACGUAGGCGUCACAAACCCCAGCCGAAACCGUUCGGCAAGGACGUCGGCCUUGUGGAUAGGAUCCUAUGGAACAUUGACCAUCCCACCAGGAAGCAGCAGAUCAUGGAACGUCAAAACCGAGCCAUGCAGAGUGGUCAUAAGAUGUCGUCUGAAGAGUCGGGACCGUCACGAUCGCAACAACAGCACCCUCGGAGGGUUUCAGUUCCUGGACCCGUAGCAGCUUCUGCUUCGUCGUCCAUGCCAAUGGGUACAUCACAGAAGGCGGAACAAGUCGAGAGCGAAUUUGAGGAAGAGUUCGAUACUGAGAGCGAGAAGGAUGAUGCUGAGAUGUCCGAGAAGACGAGUGACGAUGAGGAUGACAGGAAAGGUCCUCUGAAGGACAUCAUCAGGGACGAUGAUGAGAUCCGCGCCAAGAUCAGUGUCACACCCCACAUUCCGCCCGAUCCUAUCCCGGGUAUUGUGUCCUCAACCCUGGCCUCUGCCGCCAUGACACUCGAGCAACCGGAAGAGCGUGCACUGUUUGCAGCCGUUGAGAAUGGUGGUGAUCUAGAUUCGGACGAGGACAAGGAAUUGGACUCGAUAACCGCAGAACGGAAGGAGGACCAGGAGGCGCUGAGGGAAGAAUUCGUACUGCUGAUGAAGCAGAGAUUCUUGGAUGGACUCGACAGAAAUUUUGAUUACUCGGUCGUCGACUUUGAUGAGAACCUGGAUGAUCUGGAUCAGGUGAACCAUGAUGAAGAGGAUAAAUGGUUUGAUGAAGAAGGUGAUAGCGGUGGAGAAUUGGAGCGGGAUGUACGGGGUCGUAUCGGUGAAGGCAGCAGUGCUGCGCUGAGAAGCGGUGGACGAGAUGGACGCAAUAUGAGAGCGGGAUCAGCGUUGUCUUCACAGAUGACAUUCGACGAACGGCUCAAGGCAUGGGAGAACAGUGCACAGAAUGGCUCGGGAGAUUACGACUAUUAG